AUGCACGAAAUUACAACAGUCUUCCAGUACGUUUUCCACAGUAACCAGGACAUUGAAGGUAACGGCGUAGAGACGCUACAUGAUCCGUCUCCUGGUACUGGGAUAUUUGUGUCGCUGGGAACAGUGCUGAAAAAUGCAGGUUCCGAAGAAAUUGCUUUGUUGGUGUGGACGGCCGCUGGAUUAAACAGCCUUAUUGGAGCUUUCUGUUUCGUGGAACUGGGGGCACUACUACCGGCAUCUGGUGGGGACUACGCGUACUUUUCGGCAGCCGGGCGAGCGUUGGGGACGUACGGCGACUUUCCGGCGUUUCUUUACGCCUGGAGUUGCAUGGCCUUGUUAGAUCCCACGUCAAUCUCUGUCGAAGGCCUGAUGUUCUCCGCAUAUGAUCUAAGCCUAUUGUAUCCGGAAUGCACGCCACCUAACGGAGCAACUAUCUUGAUCGCCUUGCUGUACAUCAGUACCACCAUAUUCGUGGUGCCCAGCAUCGUCUUCCGAAACGCGGGUUCUGUCGGAACAGCCCUCGUGAUAUGGCUAGUGACAGGGGUCACUAAUGUCCUCGCUGGACUGUGCCACAUGGAGUUGGCAACGUUGCUACCGGCGUCUGGUGGUGGCUAUGCCUACGUGGUUGCCGGCAGCAAGUCCUUCGGGAGGUUUGGCGACGUCAUCCCAUUCAUGUACGCCUGGAACUUCCUCAUACUUGGCGAUCCCCUGAUCAUGGCGCUCCAGGCACAAAUUUUUGCAAGCUACAUCCUGUGCAUACCAUACCCUGGCUGCCUCCCACCUUACGCGGCAAAACUGCUCCUGGCUCUGGCGUUUACAUUAAAUCAUCUUUACGACGAUCCCUUGUUUAACGCCGAGACGACCGCCGGAAAACUUGCUGUUGCAUACUUUGCAACCCACAUACCUACAGGAGGAUGGAAGUUUGUGAGCAAUUUCGCUGGUGAAAUAGCCAAUCCGUCCCGCAACAUUCCGCUGGCGAUGUUUGGGGGACUGCUGAUUGCAACUCUUUUCGUCUUCCUCUACAACCUUUUUCUAUUCACGGUCCUCGACUCGGCGGCUAUGGCGAGUACGGAGGUCGUCGCAGUCACCUUCGUCGCCGCAACGUGGGGUAGCAAGGCGGCAACCCUGAUGCCUCUCCUCAUAGCCGUUGGGCUCUUCGGCACGUCAUGCGCCGUCUUCUUCGCCAAUAGUAGAGUUAUCCUUGCGGCAGCGAGACAGCGCCAUUUCCCGGCCAUCUUCUCUACGGUCAACGUAGACAGCGGGGUGCCCCUAACGUCGCUGUUACUUCGUGCGCUCCUGUCAAUGUUGUACACAUUUCUGGGAUCCGUCACGUUUAUCGUGGAGGCUCUUCCUCUCAUUUACUCGUUGAACAACGGCCUGAUCUUAGUGUCGUUCUUUGUGCUACGGGUCUCCAUGAAGGACGCCCCAAGGCCUUACCGGGCACCUACCGUGCUGGCAGCCAUCCGCGUUUUGGCUUUCUUGAUCCCACUUGGCGCGCGCCUUGUGCAGCCUGUGGACUUCCUUCCGUUUGCUUUCCUGGCCGGUGGCUCAAUUGCUGGCUGUGCUUAUUACGUGGUGUUUGUUCGGCUUAGAUUAGCGCUUCCCGGAGCUCCCACAUUUACCUGCUUCCUUCAAAAGCUGCUGAAGAGUUGCGCUUGUGUUGAUGAACUCGAGGUUAUGCUGCGUGAAAAGAUGUAG